GAGGCGCACGGGCGGGGCGGGGCGGAGCGGGACUUCCGGCGUUGCCCUGUGGUACCUGUUUUGCCGCCGCCGGUGGUCGAUGCGAGCACUUUUGAGGGCAGCGCUCGCACCGCAGAGACCACACCGGCUGAGAGAAGCGCAGGUUCCAAUGGCAGAGGAGGCGCAGGCCCCGGUGACCUUUGAGGAUGUGGCUGUGUAUUUCUCCCGAGAGGAGUGGGGGCUCCUUAAUUUGACCCAGAGGAGCCUGUACCGUGAUGUUAUGCUGGAGAACUUUGCACUCAUUGGUUCACUGGGUUUUCUGUGUAGACUGCGGGAUGAGGAAGCCCCUCCCGAGCAGGUGAAGAGCCGCAGAGUCCGCCUGUCAGAGACCCCCUUUCUGUGUGGGGUGUCUGGGAAGGACAUCCCUGCCACCUUAGGCUUCCUCCAGCCCCAGGCCACCCACAGAGAGGCGACACCACACAGAAGCACUGAGCGCAAGGCCUUCCCACCCAGCUCCACUUGCCAGCAACAGCAGGGAGCCCACGCCACACAGAAGCCCUUCAAGUGCAGCGACUGCGGGCAAGCCUUCCUGAAGGCCUUCGCGCUCCUCGACCAUCUGAUCACUCACGCCAAAGAGAGACCCUUCAGGUGCCCAGCAGGUGGAAAUGCCCCCAAGGAGAGCUCAACCCUGGUUCAUCACCGAAAAACUCACACUGGAGAAACAUCCCAUGUGUGUAGUGAGUGUGGGAAGGCCUUCAGUUACCCAUCUAAACUGAGGAAGCACCAGAAGGUUCAUACUGGCAUAAAACCUUUCAAGUGUGGUGAGUGCGGGAAAACCUUCAACCGCAAAGAUGCACUUGUUCUGCACCAGAGAAUUCACACUGGAGAGAGGCCUUACCAGUGCAGCGAGUGUGGGAAGUCCUUCAGCGUUCUGUCUACCCUCAUUCGGCACCGGAAAGUUCACAUUGGAGAAAGGCCCUAUGAGUGCAGGGAAUGUGGGAAAUUCUUCAAAUACAACCAUAGCUUCAUUCUUCACCAGAGAGUUCACACUGGAGAGAGGCCCUAUGAGUGCAGUGAAUGUGGGAAAACUUAUGUGACCCGCUCUGGGCUGUAUCAGCACUGGAAAGUCCACACUGGAGAACGUCCCUACGAAUGCAGCCUGUGUGGGAAAACCUUCACUACCAGGUCCUACCGGAAUCGGCACCAGCAGUUCCACACUGAAGAGAGGGCUUAUGAAUGUACAGAAUGUGGGAAAGCCUUUAAACAUAGUUCUACCCUCCUUCAGCACAAGAAAGUCCACACUGGAGAAAGGCCAUAGGAGGACGGGGAUGUGGGAAAACCUUUAGCCAUGGCUGGCACCUUGUUCAACAUGAAAGGUCUCACUCCAGAAAGGAGAUUAAGGAGAGUAGCCAUUUGAAAGCUAAACAUGUCACACCCCAGCACCCACACUGGGCUGGCGCCAGGUAUGUGGGAAGCGUUCAGGAGCUGUGUUGCACUCUCACCUGCCCAGGCUGUUGGCAGUGUUGAGUCACUGCCAGUUUCUGUGACAGAAGCCAUCCCACUUCUACCACCUGGCAGGUCCCCUUGGUGUGCAUCAGUCACUGUGUGUGCUCAGGGAAGCUGACCUCUGUGUUCCCCACUUGAUAAAGGAGAGAAUCAUGAGUGGUGGAGCCCAUAAUGGGUCUUAUUCCCUCCCCCUCUAACUGAUUUAGGUGUGGACAUGACCUAGUUCUGGCCAAGAGUAGCUGAGUAGUGUCUGCUGGGGGCUUCCAGGGAAGGCUAACCAUUUUCAUGGACACUGUUGACACUACAUUUGGUCCCUGUCGUGCAUUUAUCCAACCCUGGAACUGGCUCACACUGCUCUGGCAUGUCUGGUAAUAAAGGCAUUUUUGUUUAAACCAC